ACCCCCUCGCGCCUCCCGUGUUCCGCAGAUCCUCGAUUAAACCGCACUUCCGCUGGAGCAGCGCACCGGACGCGGUCCUCGGUGAGGAGGCAUGGAGCGGCCGCUGCUCGCUGAGAUGAAGCAGCUCUGCAGGAGAAUACAAGAGGCGUGCAGCGAGCUGAAGGAGGACCUGACGCCCUUCAGGAGCGAGCGCUUCUACAGGUUGGCCCCCAUGCGUCUCUACACUCUCUCUAAGAGGCACUUCGUGCUGGUGUUCGUGGUCUUCUUCUUCUGCUUCGGCGUCUCUACACUCAUCGGUGUGUCAGGGCCCAAGAUCAUCAGUGAGAAUUAUUACAACGGUUUAAGCGUCAGCACCAAUGGAUCAAAGACCGGUCCCUUCGACCUCAGAUCUCAGCCGUUGUCCAACUACAACCAGCAGCUGUGGCUCACGUGCAUCAUUCAGCUGGACAGCAACAUUGCAGAUUUGAGCUUGAGGGAGUUUGGGAUGAACGUGGAGCUGCAGGGCGUGAUGCAGGACGCCAGCGUGACGCGCAUCAGCAACAACAUUCACAACAAGAACCGGAGCCUGCACUGCGCCGCCCACCAGCAGGCGUGUGAUGAGAUCAUCGUGCUGCAUCUGGGAUAUCUGAACUACACUCAGUACAAGAUCAGCGUCAGCUUCAGGAACCUGCUUCAGGACCGAAUCAAAAACGUGACUUUUGUGUUUAAGAUGUACAACGCCACGUUCUCUCAGGUGGAGAUCUGGUUCCGCUUCGUGUUUGUGGUGAUGACCUUCAUCGUGACCUGUGUGUUCGCUCACUCCUUGCGCAGGUUCUCGAUGAGGGACUGGGGCAUCGAGCAGAAGUGGAUGUCCGUCCUCCUCCCUCUGCUGCUGCUGUACAACGAUCCGUUCUUCCCGCUGUCGUUCCUGCUCAACAGCUGGUUUCCGGGAACGCUGGACGCGUUCUUCCAGGCUCUGUUCCUGUGUGCGCUGCUGCUCUUCUGGCUGUGUGUGUAUCACGGCAUCCGCGUGCAGGGCGAGAGGAGGUUCCUGAGCUUCUACCUGCCCAAGCUGCUGAUCGUGGGGCUGCUGUGGCUCUCGGCCGUCACGCUGGGGAUCUGGCAAACGGUGAAUGAGCUGCAGGAUCCCACGUAUCAGUACAAAGUGGACAUCCAGAACUUCCAGGGCAUGAAGAUCUUCUUCCUGCUGCUGGUGUCUGUGUAUGUGCUGUAUCUGCUGUUUCUGGUGCUGCGCGCCUGCUCCGAGCUCAAGAACGCACCCUACACAGACCUGCGUCUGAAGUUCCUGACGGCGCUGACGCUGCUGGUGCUGCUGAUCAGCGUGCUCAUCCUGUACCUGAGGUUCGGCUCCAAACCUUUGCAGGACAACUUUGUUGCUGAACUUUCCACUCACUACCAGAAUUCGGCUGAGUUUCUGUCCUUCUACGGGCUCCUGAACUUCUAUCUCUACACGCUCGCGUUCGUCUACUCGCCCUCCAGGAGCGCUCUGUACGACUCGCAGCUGAAGGACAACCCUGCCUUCUCCAUGCUCAACGACUCGGACGAUGAGGUCAUCUACGGGAGCGAUUACGAGGAAAUGCCUCUUCAGAACGGCCGCGCCAUCAAAGCCAGCGCCAAACACCCGGAUGAGAGCGAGAGCGACUGAAAGCGGAGUGACUCCGGAUCGCUCGUGCUGACUGCUGAAACCAUGCCAGUGUGUAAAUAGAUUUUUAAAGCUGCAGUGGUGUGUGUUUGGAUGUCAGUGGCAUUAGAUCUGCUCUCAGAUCAGCUGUGACUGAUGAUCAGUGUUAUCGGGGGUCAUAUUUCGCCUCCAGAUUAAAAGGAGAAAAAUCAAUCGUGUGUAUUCUCCUGAAGCCGGGAGUUAAGCACACGUCACCCCAGUAACGAGGAAGAUCACACACCGCGAGCAUACCUUCAAUUCAGUGACGGCUGCAAGGUGCACGUUUACAAAAUGUAUUUAAGUAUAAACACCACAAAAAAAGUAUAAAUAUUUUCAUAUACGUUUUUUUUUUUUUUGCAAUGCAGUAAUGACAGUUUAGGGUAAAAUGUGCUUAAUUGUCAUGGAAAUAAGUAUAUUAAGGGUCUCAAAAUAUUUUUUUCUUUUGAUUUUUGAGUGAAAUGUAUCGGGAAUUUCUUGACCGUGUUUAUGCCUUGUUUUGUUUUUUUCUCCAUGAAUGAUGCAAGAACGCUGCUUUGUGCAUUGAUUUCUAAUGAUUUCUGGCUUGUUUGAGUUUCCCUUCUUUUCUCACAUUCCUUUUUGACGGUUUCUCUCUUGCUGUCUGUUUUUGAGUGUUUCUGAUUAUGAUCACUUCCUGCUUCCCCUUCGGGACCGAAGCGCCUUGUUCUCGUGACUGUAAGCACUGUCUGUUCACUCGUCGUCUUAAAGCUGUUUGAUGCUACUGGACUCUAGAAGCUGAUUAGCUCUCGGGAUCUCUGUGUGAUGUCUGAUUGUGAGGUUUAUCUGUGAUGAUGAUGAUGAUGAUGAUGACCGCAGGACGUCCGGUUCAGCAUGAGAUCCUCCCUCAGUCCAGACGUCCAGCUUCACUUUUGAAUGUGGAAUAAAAGCUCCAGACAUUUUUA